AUGAAAGAUAUAAAAUUACUGCUAGAAAAACUAAGAACAAGAAGAGAAAAAGAAUUUGACAAGGAUGUAAAAAUUCUAAUAGAUUUGAAAAAACACAUCCAUGUGAGUAGUACUAAGAAAGGAAACAAAAGCAGUGUAAUUGAAGAAGAUAAUUGCUUAAGUUUUGAAAAUUUUAAGAACUGUAUUGUAUAUGUGGAAAAGGUUUAUAAGAAUCUAAAGAGGAAAACUUUGUAUGAACAUAGCUAUUACAGUAAUGUUAUUAAUAGCUACCAUAAGAGCAGUCAUUACAAUGCUAUUAUGAAUUACAGCGAUGAUGGUAGCACUAGUCGUGGUAGCAGAAUUAUUAGCGGCAUGAUUAGCUGCAUUAAUAGUGGUAGCACUGACAAUGGUAGCUGCUUGCCUUUUAGUCCACUCGGCGUGAGAACUGAAAAGAACGUAAACUUAAUUAAAUUUUUUCACAUGUACUUGAUAAGAAAAUAUUGUGAAAAGAGCUUUUACAAAUGUUUGCAUAGUGAGUUUACGCGUGCUAUUACUUACAAUUAUUUAGAUACGAAUCAUUUUUAUAAGUGCCUAGAUUCUGAGUUGUACUUGCUGUAUAGUUAUAUACAGUUGUUUUCAUCUGUAUUACUUAAGAAUGAAAAUAUUAAUGAGCAACAUCCAAUCAGAAUGUGUAGUGAGCUAUUAUCAAAUAUAUAUGAACAGUUGAAUGUAUUGAGGAAGAAGGAUACGAGUAAAAAUGUGCAGCCAUAUGAUGAAGAAAAGAGCGUACCACAUAACAGCGUAAUAAAAUAUGUAUAUUUUAUAGUACACUUUUUAAGUAAAAAUAAAAAUUAUAAUUAUUUAAAUCUGUUAUAUGGCGUCUAUUCGUUUAUUUAUAUUUUUUCAAAUGUGUAUUACACGUGUUUUAUGUCUUUUAACAAAGUGAAAGCACAAAAAUAUAUAGAAGCACAUGAUCAAAAGAAAAUUAACUAUGAAAUGAAAUUAAGUUCAAACGAAAGAGUAGUAUUUCCACAUGGGGAUAAAAGAUAUGAAGAUAAAUUUAUUUUAUAUUAUAAAUACAUAAAUGAAUACGCAAAUGUAAACUUUAUGGAAUUAAAUGAGUUCUUAUUAUAUUUCUUAUCCAAAGAGAGAGUACAUAAAAAUAAUUACCACUUUAAUGAUAUUAUGAAAGAUUUAAAUAUAAUUAAAUAUGCUACAAAUUUACAAAAAUUGUUUUUUACUCAAGUGUUUACAAGUACUCAGAAGGAUGAUAUUUUACAUCAUAAUGGAAAGUACACAGCAAUUAGACGCAAUAUUUGUAAAAAGAUAUGUACUGUGACAGAGAAUUCUCCCCUAUAUCUUGAUCUCACACCAGAAAAGAAAGAAGCUUUUCAAAAAUACGUCGAGCUUAUAAAAGAGGAUGGUAAUAGUGUAUAUAGUACCAACUACGCACAAGGAAGUAAUAGUAAUGAAACUUCCAUAAGUUUAAGUAAUAGUGGGGAAGGUAGUCCGAGGCUGCAUAUCCAUCAAGAGUGCUUAGUUAACAGCCAAUUCGAUCAUCUCUUUUUCGAACAAACGACGUUUAACAUAGACGAUGCUCUUUUUGCAAAAAAUGGGAAUGAAAAAGGGAAAAUGUUAGAGGGGAUCACAUCGGAAGAGAUUAGUGAAACGGGGGAGAAGGAAUCCAAACGAAAUGAUCAUAUCAAUAUGGAGGGUGUUAAACAGAAUGAAAGAUUUAGCACUACAGAUAAUGAUGAGAAGAAAAAGGGGUGGAAAGAGGAAAAGGAAUACUUUUUAAAAAAUUUUAACGAUAUGUAUGAAGGGGAAGAGAAUCGCUUACACUGUAUAGACGAAUUUUACUACAUAGCGAUUGACUUUGACAAAACGAUAAUAAAGAAGGAUUCGUAUUCUUUUUUUUUUAAAAUGUUGGAGAGGAAAUACUAUAAAAGUAGUUACAGUAAGGGUAACGUUAACAAGGAUGGAAGCGGAAAUGAAAAUGGUAUUGGCAUUGGCAAUGGAAAAGGCGCAAAAUUAACCCAAGAGGAUAUCCACUUUUUUAAAAGCUUUAGUAUAGACAAGAUGAAAGAGAAAAAGAUACAUUCAGUGGAAGAGCGAAUUGAAUACCUACAUAAAAUAAAUGAAUGGUUUAUUAUAGAAGAGAAUACAAUUUUGGAAAAACUAGAAGAUGAAAAGAAUAUAUCAGAACCGUAUUCUGAUUCGUAUUAUUAUUACCUAAAGUUAGUGGAUAAUUUGCACGUAAGUUAUUCUAUGUUAAUAGCAUAUUACGAUAUUCUAAAAGACAUAAAUGUAGAUGUACUAAACAAUUUAAUAAAUGAAUCGUAUGAUAAUUUUCAAGUGGAUGAUUAUUUUUUAGAAGUCUUCCUACAUUUAAUGAAUCAUAAACAAAAAAAUAGAAAAACUUUUUAUUUCGAUAUUAUUACGCUUAAUCUAAAAAAACAAAUAUGUCUUUAUACCAUACGAAACAAUUUGCUUAAAGUUAAGGGGGUUCCAAUUCAGAGCGGAGUACUACAUAAUAGUAGUAGUACUACUACCACUACAGCUGCCACUACAGCUACCACUACAGCUACCACUACAGCUACCACUACAGCUACCACUACAGCUACCACGGGAUUAGGUGAGAACUCUACAGAAUUACCACUUCCAGUCGACCAGUGCACGAGCGAACAAGUAGAAGAUACACAUGAUGAAAAUGAUUAUUACCAAAUUUUUAAGAAAUAUUUCAAUGUAUACUAUUCAAAGACACAUACCUAUGAUAAAGAGAAGAGGAUCUACACUGGAAAUUUUGAGUACAAUAAACUUAAAAUAAAACAUGAAAAAUAUAAUGAAGCUGAUAGUAUAGAAGAAAAAGUAACAUUAUGUUCGCUGUUCGACAAGACACGAAUAAAAACAAAAGUAUGUUCGUUACUAACAAAUAUAAAUCAUAAUCUGUCCGCAUUUAUUGGGGAUAGCUUAAUCGACUUGGAUGCUAUGUUAAGUGCAGAUAUACCCAUCUUAAUAGGGCAUAACGACCUACUCAUCAAAUUUUGUGAGAAACAUAGCAUUAUGAUAAAACCACUUGUUUUUGCCGCAGCAAAAGUUGAACAACUCAAACGAAGAAAUAGAAAUAGAAAUAGAAACAUAAAUGGAAAUAUAAAUAACUAUGAAUCGGUAAAGUCAGACACUAUAGAGUACAUUGAAGGUAUGCACCAGAAAAAAGUUGCUCCGGGGAAAUUUAUUUCAAUAACAACAGAACGGAGUGAGCAGUUAAAUGAUAUCUAUGAUGAAAAUAAAAAAAUUAUUUAUUCAACCGAAAGUUGGCUGGAAAUAGGCAUAUUUCUCUUCGGUGAUAUAUAA